AUGGCCGCUCCUCAACCCCCCGCGCCAUUUGGGGGUGCCUCUGCAGCAGCGGAUGUCGUGGCCCAGCAGCUAGAAGAACUCAGGCAGAGCGACCGUAUCAGCCCCGAGAAAGAAGAAAGUACUGACACCGCAGGCGAUUCGGAAGAAGACCGGCAAGAGAAGAUCACGACGCUGGCAAGAACCAUCUCCCAGCUGUCGCGUCAGUACAGCACCAAUGGGUCCAUCAAAGAAGAUAUCAACACGUUCCUCGAUCCGGCUAAGGAUCCUGAGCUGGAUCCCAAUUCCGACCAGUUUAAGUCCCGGAAAUGGGUGCGCAACAUGCUGCACAUCACCUCUCGCGAUCCCGACCGAUAUCCGCGUCGCACGGCAGGCGUUUCAUUCCGCAAUCUCAACGUGUUCGGCUAUGGGACUGCUGCAGACUACCAGAUGGAUGUGGGCAAUAUGUGGUUGAAGGGUGCAGGCUGGUUUAAGAGUGCGCUGGGGUUCGGGAAGAAAGUGCGCAUUGAUAUUCUGCGUGACUUUGAAGGCAUGGUCAGCACAGGAGAAAUGCUGGUGGUGCUAGGCCGCCCCGGCAGUGGCUGCUCAACCUUCCUCAAGACGAUCGCGGGUGAGACACACGGCCUUUGGCUAGAUGACGGCUCCGAUGUACAGUAUGAGGGAAUCUCGUGGGAGGAGAUGCACAGCCGAUUCCGAGGCGAGGUAAUCUACCAAGCUGAAACCGAGACGCAUUUCCCUCAGAUGACUGCUGGAGAUACCCUGCUCUUUGCAGCCCAUGCACGCGCGCCGAACAAUCGCAUCCCAGGAGUAAGCCGAAAGCAGUAUGCCACCCACAUGAGAGAUGUGGUCAUGGCCAUGCUGGGUCUCUCUCAUACUAUGCACACCCGGGUAGGCAACGAAUAUAUCCGAGGUGUAUCCGGGGGCGAACGCAAACGCAUCAGUAUCGCAGAGACAACUCUCUGUGGAUGCCCGCUGCAAUGCUGGGAUAACAGUACGCGUGGACUGGACAGCUCAACUGCGCUGGAAUUUGUCAAGAAUAUCCGUCUGUCGACGGACUACAGCGGCUGCACUGCCAUUGUUGCUAUCUACCAGGCGAGUCAGGCCAUCUACGAUAUGUUUGAUAAAGCGGUAGUCCUAUAUGAGGGCCGGCAAAUAUACUUCGGCAAGGCAGACGACGCCCGUCGCUUCUUUAUUGAAAUGGGUUUCGACUGCCCUGAAAGACAAACCACGGCCGACUUCCUCACCUCUCUGACUAGCCCUUCGGAGCGCCGCGUCCGCCCUGAAUUUGAGAGUGUAGUGCCUCGCACCCCUGAUGAGUUUGCCACUAGAUGGAAGGAGAGUGCGGAGCGGAAACAAUUGCUGGCUGACAUUGAGGCGAGUCGGUCUCAACACCCAGUGGGAGGUGACAAGCUUGAUGAGUUCAGUCGCUCUCGCGCAGCAGAAAAAGCCAAGGGUACCCGGGCAGCCUCACCAUUCACGCUGUCAUACACGAUGCAAGUUCGUCUGUGUCUCUGGCGUGGAUUUCUACGUAUGAAAGGAGACAUGAGCAUGACGCUUGCCUCUGUGAUCGGCAACAUCAUCAUGGGCCUGAUCGUCGCUAGUGUGUUCUACAACCUCAACCAGACGACUGGCAGCUUCUUUCAACGUGGUGCCUUGCUCUUCUUCGCCAUUUUACUCAACGCUUUCGCCAGCUCUCUUGAAAUUUUGACACUCUGGGACCAACGACCAAUCGUGGAGAAACAUGACAAGUAUGCCUUGUACCAUCCCUCGGCUGAGGCAUUCAGCUCUUUGCUUGUCGGUCUACCGGACAAGUUUAUGACAGCUGUUGUCUUCAACCUGAUCAUCUAUUUCCUGCCUGAUCUCCGACGUACCCCGGGCCAUUUCUUCGUCUUCUUCCUGUUCUCAUUCACGACUACUCUCACCAUGUCCAACAUCUUCCGCUGGAUAGGAGCCAUCUCACGCUCCAAGGAGCAGGCGCUGGUUCCAGCCUCGAUAUUCAUGAUGAUUUUGGUCAUUUACACAGGUUUUACUAUCCCGGUCCGAGACAUGCACCCGUGGUUCCGAUGGCUGAAUUACUUGAACCCAAUUGCAUACGCCUUUGAAGCCCUGAUGAUCAACGAAUUCAGUGGCCGCCAUUUCCCGUGCUCCGCGGCGGACUUUGUCCCUUUCUACCCAAAUGCGCCUCUUAGUUCCAAGAUUUGCUCUCAAAAGGGCGCGGUGCCCGGCCAGGAUUUCAUUGAUGGUGACGCCUAUAUCAACACCUCGUUUCAAUACUACAAGCAGCAUCUGUGGCGCAACUACGGUAUUAUAUGUGCAUUUUUCGUCUUUUUCCUCGCAGCCUACAUUAUCUGCAGCGAGCUUGUCCGAGCCAAACCGUCAAAGGGAGAAAUUCUGGUCUUUCCGAAAGGCAAGAUUCCAGCUUUUGCUAAGUACAAUCGCAAGGAUGACGCGGAGGACUCAUCAUCAGCAGAAAAGGACGCCCCUGCUGUUGAAAGCCAUGAUCAGCAAGUCGCAUCCAUCGCCCGGCAAACGGCCAUCUUUCACUGGCAGGAUGUCUGUUACGAUAUCAAGAUCAAGGGCAAUCCGCGUCGUAUCUUGGAUAAUGUUGACGGAUGGGUGAAGCCUGGAACUUUAACUGCGUUGAUGGGUGUGACCGGUGCGGGCAAGACGUCUUUGCUAGAUGUACUGGCCAACCGUGUGACGAUGGGGGUCAUCACCGGCGAGAUGCUCGUCGAUGGUCGUCCUCGCGAUGGCUCGUUCCAGCGCAAAACAGGCUACGUCCAGCAACAGGACCUGCAUCUCGAAACUAGUACUGUGCGUGAAGCGCUUGUCUUUAGCGCUCUGCUUCGCCAACCGCACAAAGUUCCUCGCCAGGAAAAGCUCGACUAUGUCGAAGAAGUGAUCAAGAUGCUUGGCAUGGAAGAGUAUGCUGAGGCGGUGGUCGGUGUCCUUGGUGAGGGAUUGAACGUGGAGCAGCGCAAGCGCUUGACUAUUGGCGUGGAAAUCGCUGCCAAGCCGGACCUGCUUCUAUUCUUCGAUGAACCUACUUCUGGUUUGGACAGUCAAACCGCCUGGUCUAUCUGCAGUCUCAUGCGCAAACUGGCUGACCAUGGACAAGCUGUUUUGUGUACCAUCCAUCAACCGAGUGCUAUGUUGAUGCAACAAUUCGAUCGCCUCCUGUUCCUAGCCAAAGGAGGUCGCACAGUCUACUUCGGAGAGCUGGGUCCACACAUGGAGACUCUGAUCCGGUACUUCGAGAACAAGGGGUCUGUCAAAUGCCCAGAGAACGCCAAUCCAGCAGAGUGGAUGCUGGAAAUUAUCGGCGCUGCUCCGGGAUCCCAUGCGGACCGAAACUGGGCGGACGAAUGGAACAACAGCCCGGAGCGGACGCAGGUUCGACGCGAGUUGGCUGAGAUGAAGGCAGAACUGCUACAGAAACCUGUGCCUCCGCCGACGGCUGGCUAUGGAGAAUUUGCGACACCGUUGUGGUAUCAAUUUGUCGUUUGCAUCCACCGCAUGUUCCAGCAGUACUGGCGCAGUCCGGGCUACAUAUACGCCAAGGCGGCCAUGUGCAUAGUUCCGCCUCUAUUUAUCGGAUUUACUUUCUGGCACAUGCCCAACAGUCUGCAAGGUCUCCAGAACCAGAUGUUUGCCAUCUUCAUGCUGCUCAUCAUCUUCCCCAACCUGGUGCAACAAAUGAUGCCUAGCUUUGUUACGCAGCGGUCCCUGUACGAGGUGCGGGAACGUCCAUCCAAGGCUUACUCAUGGAAGGCGUUCAUGCUGGCUAGUAUCUUUGUGGAGCUGCCCUGGAAUGUCGCGAUGUCGGUGCCCAUCUUCUUCUCGUGGUACUAUCCCAUUGGCCUCUACCGGAAUGCCUACCCGACCAACUCCGUGACGUCACGCAGCGGAACCAUGUUUUUGCUUAUUCUGAUCUUCAUGCUAUUUACCUCGACCUUCAGUUCGAUGAUGAUUGCGGGCAUCGAGCAGGCAGAGACUGGCAGCAACAUCGCACAACUAUUGUUCUCACUCUGCCUGAUCUUCAACGGUGUGCUGGCGAGCCCCCAAGACUUGCCUGGUUUCUGGAUCUUCAUGUACCGCGUUUCGCCCUUCACAUAUCUGGUGUCAGCAGUACUCUCCACCGGUGUAUCUGGCGCUGACGUCACAUGCUCUGCAAUUGAACUACUCCAUAUAUCGCCCCCGAAAGGCGAAACGUGCAUGAGCUAUUUGGGUCCGUACUUGAAAGAAACACACGGAAACUUGCACAAUCCCAACGCGACCACAGACUGUCAGCUGUGCUCCAUUUCCUCAACAAACCAGUUCCUGGCCAGCGUCAACAUCUACUUCUCGGAUCACUGGCGCAAUAUCGGGCUGCUCUUUGUGUACGUGGGCUUUAACGUGGUGGCGGCCGUUUUCUUCUACUGGUUGAUUCGCGUGCCGAAGCAUUGGUCGCGUAAGGUCAAGCAGGAGUAG